AUGCUAACACAAUGAUGUGACUGUGUCGCAAUAUGCUAACACAAUGAUGUGACUGUGUCGCAAUAUGCUAACACAAUGAUACAAUCAGCACGCUGUAAAUGUACAACACACCUUGUUGGUCUCCAGUGUGCCUUACAAUCAUUACGACAAUAUCUUAAUCUUUGUAACUCUCCAAGCAUAGAGCAGGUAAAGUUUAAGAAAGUAAUGUGUGCUCUAGACCAAAUCCAUAUCAAAUCUCAAAUCGUUUUGAAACGAUGACUCUGAUUUUUGGUCCAGUGACUUUUAUGUCACUGUUGGUUAUCUGCUUCGGUCAUUACUUUGUAUCGGAUUGUUAUGAUAAGGAAGAUGGCACGCCUGUUGGUGUAGGAUGCUGGGGUGUUGCCUUCUGCAAAGCUGGAAAGGUUGUCCGUAAGGUCUGCCCGCCAGGCACUAUAUUGGGCGAUGGUUCGACUCUCUGUAACAUCACGUGUGUCAAACCGGAACCAGAUAGCAUGCCAUGUGAUGAGAAGGAGAUCUGUACAGGACUCCCUGACAGACGUUACGCUUACUUUGACUGCAAACAGUUUUUUUAUUGUCAAAACGGUUACUUUUUAGCGAAAUGGUCUUGCCCUGCAGAUCUUGUCUUUGAUGAAGAUGUGCAAGUCUGUAAUUGGAGACAUGAUGUUCCCCCACCAUGUGGUACACUGACUUCAAAAACUUCUUCCUAAUUUUAAAGGCUGUUUUAUGUAAAAUUUAUUAGUUGUUUUUUUAAAUUCAAAUACAAUUCUUUAAAAAUUGUAAGUUAUGAUUCACUUUUCUUAUGAAUUUUAAAUCUAUUUAUAAUGUAAAUAUUAUUUUGCUGCUUUAUUGAAUAAAUUAUUGACAUUGA